UUCCUUACCUGGUCAGUCACUUUCCACCAUUCUGAGGCUGCCAGCGCUUGUCAUCAACAUGAGAGUGUUUGUGUUCAUGUGUUUGCUGCAUGCAGUUGUCGCCCAGAUCAGCAAUCCUUGGGAGGGACCCGGCAGAACACCGGUGGUGGACGACCCCAACGCAGGCAACGCGUGCAGCGUGGACCAGGGGACCUGCAGCUGCUGUCUGAUCCUGCAGCAGCUGAACAGGCUCAAGACGUACUUCAACCAAACCCUGUAUGAGAUGCAGCAGGAGUCCUCACUGAUGACGCAAACCCUCAACAACAUUGAGGCCAGUCGCGCCGCCUUCUCCGCCAGCCUUUUCACCGACGAGCAGUUUCGAUGCUUCGGGCCCCUGGAUCCAAACAGCAACAUCAUCUACAAGAACGUCUACCUUAACCUUGGCGCUCACUACAACGUGAGCACGGGCGUCUUCACGGCGCCCUACUCCGGUGUCUACACCUUCACGGUCAGCGUCUACAGCGACGCCGGCGCCCCCGGGAACCUGCUGAGCGCCUGUGCCAGUCUGCAGGUGAACAACCAGCACGUGGCCGCCGCCAAAGACCAGAACACGAGCGACCAGGAGGACAGUGCCACUAUUGCUGUGGUCCUUCAGCUGAGGGCCAGGGACCAGGUGGUGGUGAAGCUGCCCAAAACCUGCUUCCUCUGCGACGACAGCUUCUAUAACACUUUCAGUGGUUUUCUGCUUUAUGUUACUGAAUGAGUUAGCACAUCAUUCAUACGUUCUAUGGGGGUUUUUAAUCCAUCACUUCUGGCUUAAUGUUUAUAAUUACUGUAGGGUAUAAUGUAUAAUUAUCAUUGCUCUGUCUGUGUAAGACUGUGUUUCUUGUUGAAAUUAUAGAAAAAUACAAGCGUGUAAAAUGUGACUAAUAAAAAUG